UGAUUGUACUAUUAUUUUCAUUAUUAGCAUCAUUCACAGAUGCUAAAAGAGCCUUCUGAUCAAUACCUGCUCACGUUUUAGUUUAAUAACUUUGCAAUGGCUACAUUAUAGUUAUUUCUGUUUAAAAAAAAAAGCAUAUAUAAUUAUUUCUAAUGGACCCACUUAAAUUUAAAACUGUUGUUUUAAUUAGAACCUCUUUGUGUUUUUCAUUGUUUUAAGUAUAAAAUUUAAAGUGAGUUGGCCCAACCGUUGUGCAUUUUCCAGAUAAAUUCUUCAAACUGUUAGUGAUUCUCCAGAGCUCAGGUCACACAAGCUUCAUUCACUUCGCUGCCCCACCAAGCACAAUAAAUAAUGUGGCAGGCCGAGGCCUUUGCGUCCACACAGAUUCCUUGUUUUGCCCCGGGGUAGGCGGAAAUCAAGGCGUUUGAUCUGAAUUGUAAAGAGUCUUGUUGCAGCCCAACAGAAGGCACCAUUGUAUGUAAAUGGUUUAUAUAAGAGCAUAUGACUGCGACGGUGCAGGGCAGCGGCUAGUAUUGGAUGGAGGAAUGAUUUGCAUUUUCCAAACGCACUGUGCUCUCACUCCGGCCUUUGGGCUUCUUAAAAAACACAAUAUUUCAAAUAAUUUCUUUCCAUUUUGUACACAUUUUUGUGUACCAUCACAGCAGAAGGUAAAAUAAAUGUUCUAUCUAUCCUAUUCAUUAUAUUUGCUAACAAUUCCUGUGACAUGAGAUUGAAUGUGGUGUGACUUCUGACUGAUGCUCCUCAGGACAUACAUAUGCCAUUCUAACAGUCUUAAUAUUUUUUUGUGGUCAUAUUUUCAUUUAAAUAUACAAACAUUUGACUUUUCUCUUUUGGGAAAUUCCUCCCACUAAAAAAAAAAAAAAAAAGAUUCUGAAUGAAAUGCAAGUCUUGCUCAUUCCUUGGAGAAAAUUGCUGGCAUCCGUCCGUCUGUUCGUCCGUCUGCAAGUGGGUUGUAGGUCAGUUUGGGAGUAAAGUAUUAAUACAGUGUGAGGAAAUCACGUGGUUCUGCCAAUGUUUUGCAAUUGGCUUUGAUUUCUUGCGUAUUAUGACCGUGCGCAAGGACAGGCCAUCGCCCCUGGAUUUAUACAGCCAGCAGGCUGCUUUUAUCUGCCGGAGCGGACAAAUCUUGCUUCAUGGCAAGAAUCAGGAUGGUCAUCUUCAGAGUCGGCGUGUCCUACGCCUCUUGCACCACCGGCUGAGACUGACCUGGAGUCGAAGAUGAACUGGGGAACCUUUUAUGCCGUAAUCAGCGGCGUAAACAGGCAUUCGACUGGAAUUGGGCGCAUUUGGCUCUCUGUCAUUUUCAUCUUUCGCAUCUUGGUGCUGGUGGUUGCUGCCGAAAGUGUUUGGGGGGAUGAGAAGUCGGCCUUCAUCUGCAACACCCAGCAGCCGGGCUGCAACAGCGUUUGCUACGACCAGUUUUUCCCCAUCUCGCACAUCCGGCUGUGGGCGCUGCAGGUCAUCCUGGUCUCCACCCCAGCACUGCUUGUGGCUAUGCAUGUGGCCCACCGACGCCACAUCGAUAAGAAGAUCUUGAAGAGGAUGGGUCGCGGCAGCCCAAAGGAGCUGGAAAACGUCAAGAACCAGAAGUUUCAGAUCACCGGAGCUCUCUGGUGGACAUACAUGAUCAGCAUUAUCUUCCGACUCCUCUUUGAGGUGGCUUUUCUCUACAUCUUCUACCUGAUCUACCCUGGCUUUAAGAUGGUGCGCUUGGUGAAAUGCGACUCCUACCCAUGUCCCAACACAGUGGACUGCUUUGUCUCCAGACCAACAGAAAAGACUAUAUUUACUGUGUUCAUGCUGGCAGCGUCUGGGGUGUGCGUGCUGCUCAACCUGGCUGAGGUGGCGUACCUCAUAGGGAGGGCCUGUAGACGCUAUUUUGCUGGCUCAGAAAACGAGUCAAAUCCAGCCUGGAUAAGUCAAAGGAUGUCCUCUUAUAGACAAAAUGAAAUCAAUCAGCUGAUAGCAGAUCAUUCCUUGAAGUCAAAGUUCGGUGUGGCCAAGAAGGCCCCAACUGAGAGGGAAGAUAGAUGCUCUGCUUUCUAAACCCCAACCACAAACAUGCACACAUUUAUCUGCCUGUCCAAGAUGCAUGUUUUGCAUUAAAGAUCCACUCCAAUGAAAACUGUUUUUUAAGCUGAUUCUUGUUGCAUUUUUCUCAUGAUAGAGGACAUAUCCGCAGUUUCGAUAGUGGCCUUUUCUGUGUUUGCCCACAUUAGUGUAAGUGGGCUGACUCACUAUGUUAGCCAUUCACCCGGUGGAUGGCAUAGCGAGCUCCACUGCAGAGGGGCCGGCAGACCUAGCAGGGUCGCCGCUCAGCCCGCCGGUCCAGGGCAGCAAAGCCAGUGUGGGGAAGAACAGGUGGGGCCACCACGGAAACUGCAGAAAAAUCCAUACGGGGCCCAAAUUUUCUGCCCACUUUUAAACCAUAUCAAGUAUACUUGGCUUUGCUGGCUGGGUAUAAAAAAAAAGUUGUGACAUACCUUGUUGUGACAUACAAACUACAAUCGCCAGGUCAUGAGUACCCUGCUUCGCUCCACUUGCGGACAACAUCUAUGUUUUCCUCGUCCGAGUUGGCAUCUGGCUCCAAACUGAACGGCUGUAUAGCUCCAAUUGUGCUUGCCAUCUUUGCCGUACUCCUAAUUUUAGUCAGGGGUUGUGAGGGGCUGUAAAAUUGCAGGGAAUAGUCUAAAGAAAUUGAUGAUUGGAAAUGGGUGCAGGCUUAUUCCCCGCCAACAGUCCUACUUGUAACUCAAAGGUGAAUCUCUGAUGGACUCCUGCUGCUCCAUAAAAAACUAUGUUAUAGAAAACGACACAUUUUUUUUUAUUUUUAUUCUGGCUUAAUCAUAAUUAAAAGGUCGCUAGAAACUGUUUUACAACACAUCAAAAAAGUAUUGGAGUGGAACUUUAACGGCGAAGAUUCUGUUCUUUUGCUCUUGUUUAUUUAAAUCUCCACACAUCUAUUUUUCACACCAACUUCAUCCUUUUUUAAGGUCUCAUUGUGGAUCUAGCCUUUUUCCAGAGACGGGUACGCCAAUUCCAAAUCCAGCACAGCUAAUGACGGCAUCACUUCAAAAUGGUUUACCUUUUAGUUCAUUGCAGCGUUUUGCCUUUCUACAUCAUGAGAAUACUGGUAAGCUGCAUGCAUGUGCCACCCUGGACAUGCUUGAUCUUGCCUGAUCUCAGAAGCAGAAUGGAGUUAGGUCCAGUUAGUCCUUGAAUGGCAGAUUUUCUUGGAUUACCAGGUGCUGUAAAUUAUCGUAAACCACAUGGGAGCAACUUUCCUGUUUCCAUGUGCUGGUUCCAGGUCCGGAUAAACAUACAGGGUUAGGCAUCUGCUGUAAAACUGAAGCCAAAACACAUGCUAAAAGCCGUGCCUUGAAUAAUUUUAGGGGGAAAAUUAUAUUUUCUACAAAAAGAAAGGCUGUAAUAGUUAAAAGGUAGAGAUUAAUUCCACAGGUUAUUGCAUUUUUAACUAUUAAAUACAGUCAAACAAUUACAUUCAGGAAACUAAACUAAAAAAACAAUGUUUGUGUAGAAAACGUUUUGUGCUGUUAAAGUUGUAGUUUGAUACCAAACUGGCAUUAAAAUAUAAACCUUUACAUUUGUUUUAUUUUGUGUGUUUGACUUUGCCUUCUACGAUAUUUGCAUUUGCUGUUUUUAAAAAAAUAAGUAACUGAAUUUUCAGCUUAAUUUGAGAGGCCAGAAAGAAACUAUUCUGAGUAAAGGUUAAAAAUUCCAGAAACAAAGCUUUGGAGGACAAUUUUAAGUGAUUUUGUUGUUUUGGUCCCUCUAUUUGAAAAAAUGAAUAAUUUUUUGACAAUAAAAAAACACACACACAAAAUUACCAUUGACUAUUAGUGGUUUUUAAUUUGGUCUCAGGAAAUGCUUGUGCAUGUAUGACAAAAAAUGAAAGUUGAUUGAGGAUAAACAACUUUUUUUUUUUUUUGCAUCUUCUCAUUGGCAAGACUCCCAUAUAAGUUGAUUUCUCUGCUGUACUCUGGGAAUAUGGCUUAAGAUUGUCAAAUCUGGUUCAAGUCAAUUUUUUUUUUAAAUUGCCCAGAAUAAACAAAUAACAGCUACACUUAAUGUUUCUUCUGGUUGAUCGAGGUCACAUUUUUGAUGUUAUUUAAUACCUUGCACCCAUUCUUUAAUACAGUUUUGCAGUUUUGUAACAGCUCUGUUACUCUGUGAAAUCCUACUUUUGAACUUAUCUCCUUUUGCACAUUUGUUUCAGGUAAAACAAUCCAUACACAAAACAAUGGGUUCAAACUGUAUAAUUUGCACAAGUUACUAUAAAAAAAUAAUAAAACUG